UUUCUUAGACCUUUUUCAUUUUCUGCCCAAAUCUAAAUUCUGUGAUGCACAUCUACCAACCUUAUAUAUCUAUACAUUCUUAUAUAUCUAUACAUUCUCACACAAAUCCAUUGAAACCCAUUUCAGGUUCAGACCAAACAAACAUACAUACAAACUAUGGCUUGGUUAAGAAACCUCUCCACCAAGUUUUCCACCAUGAUGAAAGCAUCAUCAUCAUCAUCAUCAAUAACAAGAACUCAAACACCCAAAAACACAUACCCAUUUUCCUUCACUUUCCUCUCUCACUUCAGCACCAACCAAGUUGAGGAAAAGCCUUCUGUUAAGCCCGUAGUUGAGUAUUCGGGUCUGGAACCAACAAGGGACCAUGAGAAACCACGUGUGGUGGUGCUGGGCUCAGGGUGGGCCGGGUGCAGGCUCCUCAAGGGCUUGGACACGAGUGUGUAUGACAUAGUUUGUGUCUCACCUCGUAACCACAUGGUCUUCACCCCCCUGUUGGCCUCCACUUGUGUUGGAACUCUUGAAUUUAGAUCUGUUGCUGAACCCAUUGGAAGGAUCCAACCAGCUAUUUCCAGAGAGCCUGGUUCUUAUUUUUUCCUAGCCAAUUGUACUCACAUUGAUGCAAAUAACCAUAUGGUUCACUGUGAGACUGUAACUGAAGGAGUAGAGACAAUAGCUCCCUGGAAAUUCACAAUCUCAUAUGAUAAGUUAGUCAUUGCAUUGGGAUCACAGCCUUCCACUUUUGGAAUUCAAGGAGUCAAAGAACAUGCCUUUUUCCUCAGAGAAGUUCACCAUGCACAGGAAAUUCGUAGAAAGCUCCUCCUGAACUUGAUGCUCUCUGAUGUUCCAGGGAUUUCUGAAGAGGAAAAACAAAGGCUUUUGCACUGUGUGGUUGUGGGGGGUGGUCCUACUGGAGUUGAGUUCAGUGGUGAGCUUAGUGAUUUUAUCACGAGAGAUGUUCGUCAAAGAUAUGUCCAUGUGAAGGAUUACAUUCGUGUCACCUUAAUUGAGGCAAAUGAGAUAUUGUCUUCAUUCGAUGACCGGCUUAGGCGAUAUGCUACCAAGCAAUUGACGAAGUCAGGAGUUCGUCUUGUUCGUGGCAUUGUGAAAGAUGUUAAAGCUCAUAAGAUUGUUCUUAGUGAUGGUUCUGAGGUGCCAUAUGGGUUGUUGGUAUGGUCCACUGGUGUUGGUCCAUUGCCUAUAAUUCAAUCUUUGGAUCUCCCAAAAGCUCCUGGAGGAAGGAUUGGUGUUGAUGAGUGGCUUCGUGUUCCUUCGGUACAUGAUGUGUUCUCAAUAGGUGACUGCAGUGGAUUUGUUGAAAGUACUGGAAGACAAACACUUCCUGCAUUAGCCCAAGUGGCAGAGAGGCAAGGUAAAUAUUUAUCAGCUCUGUUAAACAAAAUUGGUAAAGCAGGUGCAGGCCAUGCAAACAGUGCAGAAGAAAUAGAAUUUGGGGAUCCAUUUGUUUACAAGCACCUUGGAAGCAUGGCAACUAUUGGUAGAUACAAGGCCCUUGUUGACCUUAGACAGGGCAAGGAGGCAAAAGGGUUGGCUCUGGCAGGGGUUCUUAGUUUUUUUAUUUGGCGUUCUGCAUACAUCACCCGUGUUGUCAGCUGGAGGAACAGAUUCUAUGUAUUUGUCAACUGGAUUACAACUGUUGUAUUUGGCCGUGAUAUAAGCAGACUAUGAAGAUCUUGUGGUAAUCACUUUGACCAUGAUCAAGAGUUGUUCCUCAAGGUUUUAUGUAAUUAAGUAGUAGGAACUGGCUUGAAGGACAAGGCAAUGAAACUUUGAUCAUGAUUAAGAGUUUUUCUCUCUUGUAGCUUCUCAUCAAUCAGAAAUGUAGCCAUCCUAAGUCCUUUUGUACAUACACAAAACCAAGAAAUCAAUUUUCAUGUUCAUGAAAUGUACAUUAAUAUCAGUUCAGUUA